AUGGUCAAUUUCUACUUUUCGUUAGUGCCAUUCCGUAGUGCCAUUGCUCAAUUUCCGGUAUUAAAGACAAGCAUGCGAUCAUGCUGCUUUCUUCUGUUUGUUGUGGUGCUCGUGGUCUUUCUUUUCUCUGUAGUGUUUGACACUUCCCUGGCAAUGCCUCGCGAGAUCAAAUCUGUCGACGAACCGUUGAAAGGAGUCUCAUCUACUGUUACACCAGUCGAUUACAUCACCAACAGGUUACUGCGAGUAGACCUCGAAGCCGCUGGACUACUAGUAAUGCCUGCUAUAGAUGGUGUAGCGGGUACGAAGCGAUGGAUGCCAUCGAUCAUCCAAGACAUUUGGGUUCGUUUGAAGAUGAAAGUUUUGGGUAUUUUUCAUGUCAAACCGGAGAAUUUCAAGAAGAUUAUGCAAAUUGACGAAAAGAAGUACAAGCAGUAUUACGAUAGGUACUUCUAUCAGUACUACAUCAAGCAUCUCAACGCAAAAUUACCCGAGAAGUAUGUGGACGAAAUCUGGAAUGCAAGGUUAAAAUACUGGCUCAUAAAAGGAUUGUCCGUACCGCAAGUUGCCGACAAAUUGAAGGGCUCUAAGGGUGUUAUGGCAGCUGGCAAUACGCCGAGCUUUGAUAUAAUUGGGCGAUAUAACAAGAUGUGGGGUGAAGAACAGGUAAAAUUGAGCAGUAAGCAAUCAGGGGGAGGGUAG